AUGUUAGCCAACAGUGAUAAAGUUUCAGAGGUCCUACAAGAGUCUACUCAUCAGUUCAACCUGCUUACUUCACCCACCUUCCUACCAAAGGUCAAGGAUCAAGGGAAAUUCACUCUCCCUUGCACACUUGGGCAUCUUGAGCAAUUCCUAGAGGUUCAGACUUUUGUGCCACAAUUGACAGUACCAACUCUCAGUUCUAAGAGUCAUGGAGCUACAAAGGUUGUGAAGGAAAGGGUUGACAAAGAACCAAGAGUUGGGAAGGAUAAGGAUGAGAGAGGACCAAGGAUUGAGAAGCCACGUCUUGAGAGGGCUAGAGUUGAGAAACCACGUCUGAUAGGCCAAGAGCUGAAGACUUGUUCAAGCCCCUUGUGUGCUUGA